AUGACAGACCCGGUGCCAGACCGCGGACGUAGGCUCGCACAACAGCAGCGCGCAUAUGAGCUCCAACUUAUCGGGGGGCUACAGGGCAUGGCGUGGUGGACGCUGUACGGAAUGGUCGGCGUCGGCCUGCUGCACCGGUUCAACCCGACGUUCCGGAAACAGACAUGGGCAAUCAAGGCGUUCCUCGUGUCGUCGGCCAGUAUCUUUGGUCUAACGAUUGGUGCCGACGACUACCUGCUCAAGUACGAGUCGGCGCAGCGCGAUCAGGAGAAUGCUAUUCGGCGUGAGGCGCGGAAUGCGCUGGCGGCAAAGGGCAUCAUCGCUACGGAGACGGAGAUCCGUCGUUGGCGGGCGGCACAGCAGGCCGAGCGCGAUGCCAUUGCCGAGCGUGCGCGUGAGGCCCUCGAUAAUAUCGAGGGCGUCGAGAAUGUCGAGGCGGGGUCUGUCGCUCGGCUCGCCAGAGCGCGCAACUUUGGCUCCCCGGACUCUGGUGUCGAGGGCGUCGAGGGCGUCGAGGGCCCGCCGGUCGUAGAGGGCGUCGCUGUCGUUGAGAACCUGCCCGUGUCCGAGAGCCUGCCCGUCGCCGAAUCAAAGAAGGAGGACUAG